GCCCACCGCCUGUUGCCCCGGAGCUACCCGUUCACAACGAUGACCCCGAACCGGCGGCUAUAGGGGAGGGCGCGGUACCGGACGAAGCAGCUUUUCGGGACGCAGUGGUGGACGCUUUGGCUCUCGCCCCCCUGGAGGAGGUGGCCGUGGUGGUGGACGCAGCUCAUCACCUGCUGUAUUCCCCGACUCCCUCACCCCCCCCCUCCGGCUUUUACCCCCCUCCCCCUGCACCUCCAGGUUCCCCCCCCGUCUGUACCCCCGACUGCCCCGCCUCCGGACACUGA